GUUGGGGUGCAGACUUUGUACUGGACAGCACUGACCGCUCCUAACUACUGACAAAACAAGCAAAGAGCGAGUCUACAUAGCCGCACCAUGGAAGGCGGUGCGACAAUGAGGGGCCUUUUCGUCAUAUGUAUUCUAUGGACGGUCGCAAAAGCUCAAGACUGCCAACCAUUGGAUGUAAUCAAUGGCAAUACGUUGACAAUUCAAGUCCCGGAAGCAGACGAUCAAAAUCUUUUAACUAACAAUCCAGAAUUUUACACAAAGCAAGUUAGAAUUGGUGGAACAUUUAACCAAGGAGGGCUGAAUGUGCAGCUGUCUCAAGGGACUGCAUCAUUUAAUCCGAAUACAUAUUUUGUUUUCACGACAGCACCAAAUAGCUUCAAUGGAAUUUAUCUUCGUCUAAAUCAACCUGUUGAUAGAGAUGGAAAUACUUUUUCUGUACGGAGUGUUGGGGACAGUGAAACAUUCACACUCACAUGUACUACAGGGACAGGAACUACGAGAACCUAUUCCUUGGUGGUACAGUUUGUUGAUCAGAAUGAUAAUAGUCCUAUUUUCCAAAACACUCCAUAUGCUGUGUCUGUGAAUGAGUUGACACCUAUUGGACAGACAGUCUUCCAACAGAUCACUGCUACAGAUGCUGAUCAGACGGUCAACAAUAAACGAAUCUCCUAUAGUUUUGUCUCUGGAGAUGGCACAAUUGCUGAUGGUAGUAGAUUUUUUGCCAUUAACCCAACAACUGGAGUUGUGACUGUUAAAGAAACGUUGGAUUAUGAAGGUUUAACUAACCAGAAUAAGCAGUACACCAUUCAAGUUCAAGCAACAGAUAAUCCUGCGAAUUCAGCUGAACGGAGGACCACCACACAGUUCUUCUCAGUGACCAUUAUAGAUGGGGAUGAUUUGGGUCCAGCCUUUGAAUAUUCAACCUGUUUUAGAUACACUGGUUAUUGUUUCGAUCCUCGCUACACAAGUAGUGUAACAUCGACAACACUGAAUAGCCAGUUAGUUGUCUUCCCCUACCCUCCACAGACUCCAUUUAACCAGGCAGUGACAAUUCAGGCCAGGGACAAGGACACACUAAAUGCUCCUAUUGUAUUUGAUAUUGAGACAACUGUACCCAGUGGAUAUACAUCAUUCUUUAGCGUGCAAACUCAGCAACAGACAGGGUCAAAUUUCUACUCUGCAUUCAUUACUCAGACCCAGAGCAUUAACAGGGCUAGUGUUGGUGGAUCCCUGAAGCUGGUUUUACGGGCCUCUGAAGAGACUGGUCACAGACGUAGUACUCGUGCUAUAAUUGAUGUUACCGUCUCGGGAACCAAUGACUUUGACCCAGUUGUAACAAGUUCCAGUGGUAGCUUUAUUGGUACAAUCAGUGAAGACGCUGAUGCAGGGACACCCUUAAGAGCCCAGGGCAGCACAGAUGCACUACAACUGGUCGUCACAGACCAAGAUGUGCUUCCUGGAGACCCAGAUCCAACCUAUUUUUUCGUGCCUUCCUCCAAUGUAUUUACAGUGAACAGUAAGGGGUUCAUUUCCCUGAUCAGUGCUGGGAGUCUGGACUUUGAGACAGAUUCACAGUUUACAUUCACGGUCCUUGUGAGGGAAGCUAACACGAUAGAGAGACGCAGUGCCACUGCUACAGUGACAGUGAAUGUACUCAAUGCUAAUGACAAUGCUCCAUUAUUCCCAGCCGCUGCCUACCAGGCCACCAUCAGUGCAGGAGGCUACACACCCAGUAAUGCAGUCACUGUGGCCACGGUACAAGCAACAGAUGCUGAUACAGGAAUAUUUGGCCAGAUUUCUUACUCUAUAACUGCUGUCAGUAACUCUAAGAAUGCCAAUGAUAACGCCAUCAGUAAGUUCCGAAUCAGUGGUUCUCUGGGAUUAGUGGACUGUAUUGGAAGUGUAUCUGGAGAUGAACAGUAUACCAUCACAGUCAGGGCCGCUGACGGGGGAACAGGGCUCGACCAAAGGUUUGCUACAACUGUGAUAGUGGUAGAUGUGACAGGGACUGCUGUGAACCAGGGUCCCUCAUUCACGGCCGGUACAUACAACAUCCGAGUCAGUGAGGGGGUACCUGUAGGAGCCUCAGUGUUUGCUUCUCCUGCCUCCGACCCAGAGGGAAACACGAUAACAUUCAGCAUGCAAGAUAUUACCUUCAACAACAUCCAGAUUUCUGACUUUGUCAUGAAUUCAACAAAUGGGAUCCUUUCAACAAGAAAUACUCUAGACAGAGAAGGAAGACCCAACUAUGUCCUGAUUUUGUUUGCCAGAGAAACAUCUACAAGCAGAAGUGCCACAGCAACCUUGUCAAUUUCUAUCAUGGACAUUAAUGACAACAACCCAACAUUCCUGAAUAAUCAGAUCUAUUCAUUCAGUGUUCAAGAAGGUCAAUCUAGCCAGGUGGCUGUUGGAACCGUUACUGCAACUGAUAUUGAUGAACAAGGAACUCCUAAUUCUGCUAUUUCAUACUCCAUUCAACCACUUCCACCCAGCACCUUCCAAAACCUGUUUACAAUUAACAGCAAUACUGGGGCAAUAACAACUCUACAGCCUCUGGAUUAUGAAACUCAGAGAACCCAUUACUUCCUGGUGUUGGCCAGAGAUGGUGCCAUCGCUAGUCGAACUGGCACUGCUACCGUCACUGUUAAUGUUCAGGACACCCAGGAUAGUGUUCCAAUCUUCACAGAGACAAGUUACGCAGUGUCUGUCCCUGAGAACAAUGUUGUUAGCCAGAGCAUCCUCCGAGUUGUGGCUGCUGAUGCUGAUGCAAUCCCUAACAUUCAGUAUGUCAUCAUUAACGGAAAUACCCAGGGUUCCGAUGGAUUUGCCUUUACAGUAGAUGGAACAGGUCGCAUUUUCUCUAAGAAUUCUUUGGACUUUGAGACUAAGCAGUUUUACCAGUUCCUGGUGACCACCACAGAUGGCCAGAACACUGCUAUUAGUAGUGCAACUGCCACGGUCCAGAUCACUGUAUUGGAUAGGAAUGACUUCCGACCACAAAUUUCUGUCACACCAUCUACAACAAUAACUGUACCUGAAACAGCCAGCAUUAACACUGAAAUCGCAAACUUUGAUGCCACUGACAAUGACACUCCUAACACAGAUAACAGUCGAGUGGACUUUGCCAUUGCUGGUGUAAAUCCAGGCACAGGCAAUGAUUUGUUCUACAUUAAUCCAUUCAAUGGUGUGUUAUACCUACAAAAUCUCUUCACUUCAGAUGUUAACAGACCAUCAUCAUACCAGGUGACAGUAACAGCUACAGAUAGAGGCACACCUCAGCAGAGUGACUCGGCUACAAUCACUAUUAGUAUUACCAGGAACACACAGAGCCCUGUAUUCACCAACUCUGGCCAGUAUGCCACCACUAUAGCCCAGAGUCUCAACGUGGGCGCCAGUGUGUUCACUGUUACUGCAACAGAUGGGGAUACAGUGUCACCAUACAACACAGUUAAAUACUCAGUCAUUGGAGAUGGACUUGCUAUUUCAUACUUCAACAUCAACCCUGACAGUGGCCUUAUUACUGUUAGAGACACACUGACAAAGGAUAACUCAGCUGCAUAUACUGCUCCCUACAACCAGCUGACAUUUUCCAUUACUGGAGACAGUCAGGCUAUACAGUUCUUCCAGGUGUCCAGUGGUGGAGCGGUUUCUCUACGUCAGUCUCCAACACAGACCAGCCAGUCUCUAUUCUCAAUAAGAAUAAGUGUAUCUGAUCAAGGUCAACCACCAAGGACAGCAGUUAACCAGGCAGUGGUGAAUAUCACCAUUAUCAGAAAUCAGCAGUCUCCCAUCUUCUUCAGUACUGAGUAUCGAGUGACCAUUCAGGAGACCGCCUCCAUUGGCAGCAGUGUACAGUCUGUCUCCGCUACUGAUGGCGACACAAGUUCCCAGUUUAACCAGAUCUCCUACAGUAUCAUUGGAGAUGACACCGCUCCCAACUUCUUCCAGAUCGGAACCAGCACCAGUUCUGGAACAGGAUUCUCUGCUCUGAUUACAAUCAAAGCUAGUUUACAGUCUGAGCCAACAGAUUUUUACAGGAUAAGAGUGGUGGCAUCAGAUAAUGGUUCCCCGUCCAGAUCUGCCACAGCUAUUGUGUAUGUGACAGUCCGUAGGAACUUCUUCCCACCUACGUGGACCCAGCCCAGUUUUUCAGGAAGUGUCCUGGAAACUCAGCCAUUGGGUGUCAGUAUUUUACAGGUCACGGCCACAGAUGCUGACUCUCAGCCUCCAAACAAUGAGGUGGUCUAUGCCCUGAAUGCUUCCAGCACCUAUUUCCAAAUCGACCCCAGCUCUGGAUCCAUCUCUGUCAAAGUACCACUGUACACAGAUAAUACAGACAGGAAUCAAUACAAUUUGUUUGUGAGAGCCUAUGACAGAGGAAUACCCUCACUCACAGCAACGACCCUGGUGCCUGUGUUUAUCAGUGUCUUCCGCAACAACAAUCCACCCAGAUUUGUUAAUACUCCGUACGCAAGAACCAUCUCCAGGGAUGCAGUAGUAAACAGCAAUGUUUACCAAGUGUCCGCUGUGGAUAAUGAUAAUAAUCAAUUUGGAACUGUGUCAUAUGCUUUAGUGGGAGCAGAUGCUGGAAGUAACUUCUUCACAAUUAACCAAAACACUGGACAGAUCACUCUAUCUGCAAGCAUCUCCUCAGAUGUGAACACAGUGUACAGGCUUUUGGUACAAGCCUAUGACAACGGAUAUCCUGCCCUGUAUGAUACUACCGUUGUCACGGUUACUGUAAACAGAAAUCUCCAGCCUCCGGUCUUUAAUCAGCCAAAUUACAAUGUGACCAUCCUGGAAUCUCAAACCCUGGGGGACACAAUUGUUACAGUGGUCGCUACAGAUCCUGACUCACUGACUGGUACCAAUGAUGUUGAGUACAUAGCUACUGGUACAACGCAGGCUUUGAACUACUUCUUUUUGAAUCCCACUACUGGACAGGUGUCUGCCAGAAGACCUCUGACAGAGGACACCAACACAUUUACCAAUAACCAGUACCAGAUAACUGUACUUGCAAGAGACAAUGGAUCUCCGAGAUUACAGACACAGAACCCAAUUACAGUAUUCAUCAAUGUCAUAAGGAAUCAGUUCAGCCCAGUCUUCCAGAAUCUGCCCUACGCCAGGAAUAUGCAGCAGACCGUGUCUGCAGGAACUAGUGUGUUCCAGGUCACUGCGACGGAUGCUGACACAAGGACUCCUUACAACCAGGUGACUUACAGCAUUGUGUCCCAAAGUAACAAUGUCAACCUGUUCAGCAUCCAACAGGAUGGAGUGAUUAGGAUCACCAAUACGGUGACCUCCAGCUCGGAUGCCCAGUACACGAUCCUGGUAAUGGCAGCUGAUGGAGGGUCUCCCAGUCGUGUUGCCUAUGCUACAGUGGUGCUGACUGUGGACAGGAACCUUAACACCCCAUUCUGGGUUAACCCUGGCCAGGGGGCUAACUACCAAGCUACUACCCAGGUGUUGGAGACCCAGGGCUUUGGCAGCACCAUUUACCAGCUGACUGCUUCUGAUCAGGACUUUGCUGCCCCAUACAACACCAUCGUAUACACUCUUGUUGGAGAGGACCCAGGUCCACUCUACUUCCAAGUGGGAGUUAAUGAUGGCAGAAUUACUCUGAGAUCCUCUUUAUACCAAGAUACAGUCAACAACCAGUACAGGUUGAUUGUGAGACUUAGUGACGGAGCUGGUCGUGUGGCUGCACAGAGUGCUACUGUUACUAUCAAUGUCAUCCGCAAUCAGAACACACCUUUCUUCAUCAACGAGCCAUACUCCCGUCUCAUUCAGGAGAACCUGCCUACUGGGACAUCAAUCUAUCAAGUCACAGCUCGGGAUAAUGAUGCUGCCAAUACCUUUGAACAAGUUCGUUAUGAAGUAAUUGGAGAUGGAUCAGCCCCUGUAUACUUCGAUGUCAAUUCCAUCACAGGAGCAAUCUCCACAAAGCAGUCUCUCUCCAGCCAAUCAGCUGCUAUCUAUUAUCUGCGUAUCCGAGCCUAUGACAAUGGAAUACCAAGCCGAAGCAACACGAGUUUGGUUGUGAUUACAAUUAAUCGUAACCUGAAUGCCCCCGUGUUUGUACAGACCUCACUCUCGGCUAAUUUACCUGAUAACAAUGCUCUAGGACAGACACUGAUUACUGUCACAGCUAAUGAUGCUGAUACAGCUGCUCCAUACAAUACUGUGCGCUACACCCUGAAAGGAAAUGCUGUUGCCCAGGAAUUUUUCUUCGUUGACUCGAUAUCAGGUGCUGUGUCUCUCAGGAAGGCCUUGUCUUUUGAUACACAGCAAAAUCAGUUCUAUCAGCUGACUAUUGGAGCCAAUGAUCUGGGAACCCCUAGCCUAACUGCUAACAUUGAUGCCACAGUAACCAUUAAUGUUGUGAGGAAUUUGCAGACGCCCUACUUCUUACAAUCCAAUUACGUUACCACCAUUCAGGAGAAUCGGGCUAUUGGAACCUCUGUUCUGCAGGUGUCUGCAAGGGAUGAUGACACUACGUCUCCUUUCAAUCUGGUGACUCUGCGAGCUGUUGGUGAUGACAGUGGACCGACCUACUUUAACUUUGACACAACAUCAGGUGUGAUCAGUGUCCGCCAGGAUCUGAGACUUGACACAGCCACUAAGUACAGGUUGAGAAUUGAAGCCAGAGAUGGAGGUAUUCCAGCACUGAGUGCAACAGUACUUGCCGACAUUAAUGUCAGAAGGAAUUUGUUUGCCCCAGCAUUCUUAAACUUAAGCUAUGAAGUGACGAUUCCAGAGACCACGAAUGUAGGAAGUUCUAUUGUCCAAGUUCGGGCCACGGAUCAGGACAUUAGAACUCCACACAAUAUAACUGUGUACUCCCUGGCUACCGACUCUGUGAACCAGUUUGCCAAUCAGUACUUUGAUAUUGACCACAACACUGGGUUUGUCUUCCUCAGACAGUCUCUCCUGAAUGAUAACCUCAACACCAAUCGCUUCACACUCAGUGUAAUAGUGUCAGACACUGGAGUGCCACCUCUUACAAGUUCUCAGAGAGCCUCAGUCAUCGUCAAUGUGAUUCGUAACCAGUUCCCGCCUACUUUUAUCAACACACCGUACGCCACCACCAUCAAUCGUACCGUCAUACAAGGAACCACCAUCUACACCGUGUCUGCCAGGGAUCAGGACACACAGGCUCCAUUCAACACUGUGGAGUAUGAUAUCGUUGGGGAUGACAACAGUGUAGUGUUUUUCAACAUUGACAGAAAUACAGGAUUGAUCCGACUGACACAGACACUAUUCAGUGAAUCACAGACCGUGUAUAAUGUGCGAGUUAGAGCGAUGGAUGGAGGAAAUCCUAGGUUGUCCUCCACUGCUGUCGUGGUUGUCACUGUCCAGAGAAAUCUAGCAGCACCUGUCUUCAGACAGAACAGCUAUGAAAUCACCAUCCCCGAGACUCAGUCCCCAGGAUCUCUUGUUCUUACCAUUCAAGCUGACGACAGUGAUAUCAAUGCUCCACACAACACCUUUAACUAUUUCUUCUCCGGAGUGAACACUCAGAGUGACAGGUUCUGGCUGGACUCUAACACAGGACAGAUCUUUGUCAGGAGAAUCCUGUCUGGAGAAACACAGAGCACAUUCACAUAUAAUGCCUUUGCCCGAGACAAUGGUGUCCCACAGCUAACCAGUACCACCAUACCAGUGACAAUCAACGUGAGACGGAACCAGUUCCCCCCAGUGUUCCAGAACGAGCCUUACUCUCGUGCUAUCACCUCAAGUGUUGGGUCCGGUACCUCUAUCGUAACGGUCACUGCCACAGAUCAAGAUAACUUUUCUCCAUUCAAUGUUGUGACUUACUCUAUCAUUGGUGAUGACCAAGCACCAACAUUGUUCAACAUUAAUCCAACUACUGGCUUCAUCACCAUGAGUAGUAACAUCAAUAAUGAUGGCACAAGCUUUUACCAGAUCCGCGUGCUGGCCUCAGAUGGAGGUUUUCCACCACUGACCGAUACAACAGUUGUGUACGUCAAUGUCACCAGGAACUUGUUUUCACCCGUCUUCCAGCCUGACCAGUACAGCAUCGCUAUCCCCGAGUCGGAGCCCCUGGGAGAGACCAUCACCACGGUUACUGCCAUUGACAGUGAUGCCACUUCUCCAAACAACGUGGUUGAAUAUGCUCUGUCUGGAAAUGCUAAUGCUCUCAAUUACUUCCGUGUGGACUCGAGAUCAGGCCAGAUUUCACUGAUUCGCCCUGUGUCUGCAGACACCAGCAACCCAUCUGGUUACACUCUGAUUGUUACUGGACGAGAUCUUGGUGUUCCAUCAAGGGCAGCUACAAACACUGCCACUGUGCAGGUGUCUGUGUUCAGGAACAAUAACGCUCCUCAGUUCAUCCAGACCCCCUACGUUACAACUGUGGACAAGAAUACUGUUGACAACAGUAAUAUCUACACUGUCAGUGCUGUGGAUGCAGAUCUUCAGGCUCCAUACAACACACUGACAUUGUCUGUGAUUGGAGAUGACAAUGCACCUUCCCUGUUCUCAUUGACCCAGAGUGGAAAUAAUGGUAUCAUUCGAGUCAGGUCCAGUCAGAAUCUGGCCUCAGAUACCGCCAAUUCCUACAAGCUGAGGGUGCUUGUGGCAGAUGGUGGCUUCCCAUCUAGGACAGCCACAGCUACGGUUGACAUUACUGUCAGGAGAAACUUGUUUGCACCACAGUUCCAGAACAGCUUUAUCAGGGUGACGAUAAGUGAAAACACAGUUGUAGGCAGCAGUAUCACACAGGUCUCAGCCACAGAUCAGGAUGUUGAUUCCCCCAACAACGUGUUCCGCUAUGAGCUGUUUGGAGAGGGAGAAGCCCCUACCUAUUUCUUUGUCAAUCAGAACGAUGGAUCAGUAACGCUCAUCAGGAGUGUUCUCAAUACAGGAGCAAGUGGAUAUAAUUUGAGAAUCCGUGCAAUCGACCAAGGAUUCCCGCAGCUGUCCUCUAUUGCCACUGUGGAGGUGGUAAUCACACGUGUGACAGAAGUCCUCAACUUUAUCCUGCCAUCCUACACCAGGGUCAUCUCAGAAAAUACAGCAGUGGCACUUACACAAGUGACUCAAGUAUCAGCGCAACCAGGGCCUGAUGUUUUUUAUGAACUGACAGGAUUCAGUGAUGGUCCUGAUUACUUUAACAUUAGUUCCGUGUCUGGAGGCAUUUUCGUCAGGAAAGACCUGAGACUAGAUCUAAAUAAGAAGAGCCUGUAUUAUCUCCAAGUGAGAGCCACAAAGACAAUUUCAGGACAGGUGCAGACUGCCUUUGCUACAGUGAACAUUACGGUGACUCGUAAUGAGAAUGCUCCAGUCUUCUCACAGAGUGUCUAUGAGGUUACAAUUCCAGAGACCGCUAUUCUUGGUUCCAAUGUGGUACAGCUUACUGCAACAGAUCAGGAUGCUUUGGAUGUCAUACGCUAUGACAUGGUAGCUGCUGUGGGACAGACAGAGAAGUUCUAUCUGGGACCAUUCACGGGUUUAAUCACUCUCCGAGCAGUACUGACAAACGAUGCCACAAACAGAUAUCAGUUCAAUGUGCUGGCACGUGAUCAAUCCUCACCAGAAAGGACUGCUACUGCAACAGUGAUAGUAAAUAUCAGACGCAGUAACUUCCCUCCUGUUUUUGUCAACACUCCGUACUUCACCGGUGUCAAUGUUGGAACCUCCCUUGGAUCGUCCAUCUACACCGUUACUGCGACUGAUUCAGACCUCCUGGGCUCCAUUGUUUAUGAAGUAGAUGGGUACUUAUCUGCCCCAGCUUAUUUUGAUGUGGAGAGAACCACAGGAAGAAUUGUCAUUCGUAAUGACUUCAGUCUGGAUGUAACCACCACUUAUCUUCUUGGUGUGAGAGCCUAUGAUACAGGUGCCCCGGCACAGUUUGCUCAUGAGAAUGUGACCAUCACUGUCAACAGGAACCCUAACGCUCCAGUAUUCAAUCCAGCCAGCUACAGUAGAACCAUAGAGGAGACACUGGCUCCUGGCAGCAGCCUGGUGCAGCUGUCAGCCACCGAUGCUGAUGGACACAAUUUGCGAUAUGCAAGGCUUUCUAUUACUCCAACUGGAUUAGAAGACUUCUUCUACGUGAACUUUGACACUGGUUUGAUCACAGUAGCUAGGAUGCUGACCCAGACUCAGGUGAACUCUAUACAGAUGACCUUUACCGUGACAGACAAUGGUAUUCCUGCUCGAUCAAGUAACACUCCCGCCAUUGUCAGCAUUCAGAUCCUCAGGAACCAGUUUGAUCCAUUCUUUAUCAAUACACCAUACAUUACAACCAUUCAAGAGACUACCCCUAUCGGUACAAGUGUCCUUAGAGUUACUGCAUCUGAUCAGGACCAGAACACUGUUUUCUCCAACAUCACAUAUUCACUGAUCGGAGAUGACACCAUGCCGUCGUACUUUACUCUGAAUUCAAACACUGGUCAGAUAAGUGUCAGGGCAUCACUAACAGCUGAAAUCCGGGACAGUUACCAGGGUAGAAUCGUGGCCUUUGAUGGUGGAUCACCCCCUCGCAGUGCUACAGCUAUUGCCACAAUUAACAUUCAGAGAAACUUGAACUCUCCAAUCUUUAACCCAUCAAGCUAUGAAGAAACUGUUCUGGAGACCUUGCAAGUGGGAACCAGCAUUCUUCGUGUAACUGCCACAGAUGCUGACAGGAGUUCUCCCUACAAUGUUGUUCGGUACACAAUGUCCAAUAUCAACUCUGUUGCCUCUACCUACUUCACAGUAGACAGUGUAACAGGCUGGGUUACUGUGCGAGUACCACUCAACCUGGACCUAGCAGUCAACAACAACCAGUAUAUUUUCAAUGUACAAGCCACAGAUCAAGGGAGCUCACCCAGAUCAGCUUCAUUACCAGCCACAGUAACAAUCAAUGUGAUUCGUAAUCAGUUCCCUCCUGUCUUUAUAAACACUCCUUAUGCCACCAGUCUGCCAUUCACUGUCCCUGCUGGCUCCAGUGUAUACAAUGUUAAUGCUACAGAUGCUGACACAAGGAGUCCGUUCAAUUCAAUCAGUUAUUCUAUUAUUGGAGAUGACAGAGCACCUAGUUUGUUCAGUAUUAACCCAUCAUCUGGUGUUAUUGCCACAUCUUCUCAGAAUCUUUUCUCGGACUCCAACACAUUGUACACUGUCCGAGUUCUAGCACAAGAUGGUGGCUCCCCACAAAGAAGUGCUACCUCCACAGUUCUGAUCACUGUGACCAGAAAUCUGAAUGCUCCUGAGCUUCUCCAACAGAACUACACCGUCAGUAUCUUUGAAACCCAGAACCUUGGAGAAUCCAUUGUACAGAUUCAGGCCAGAGACAACGAUAUAAGUGCUCCGUACAACACCUUGACCUACAGUCUGGUGGAUUCUUUGAACACAGGGUCUGUACUGACCAGGGAAUACUUUGACAUUAACCCCAGUGCUGGCUGGAUCUACGUCAAAAAGUCCCUAACUCUUACACCAAACAACAACUUUGUGGCUGUUGUGUCAGUUAAUGACAAUGGAACCCCCCAGAGAUCUGCAUCUACCUUCUCCUAUGUGACAAUCAAUGUUCUACGUAACCAGUUCACUCCCUACUUCAUCAAUGAGCCCUACAGGGUUGAUCUGGGAAGUAACAUUGGAAUCGCUACCAGCAUCAUUGAUGUAACUGCCAGAGACAAUGACAGUCCAACUACACCAUUUGGACAAAUCACAUAUGACAUUAUUGGAGAUGAUUCUGCACCAAGCUACUUCUCCAUUAAUGCUGCCUCUGGAAGAAUAAGCAUUGCAAGGUCCCUUACAGAACAAAACGUAGAGGAAUAUAGGAUCCGUGUCCGUGCCAGAGACGGUGGUGUACCAUUCAGGUUCAACACCUCGGUGGUGAUUGUGACAAUGCGACAGAACUUCCAGGCCCCCACCUGGCGAGUUCCUAACUACAGCCAGACUGUCGUGGAGAGUCUGAGUCUGGGAACAGUCAUUCUGACCGUUAACGCCACUGAUGCUGACCCACUGCCCCCACACAACACAGUCCGAUACUUUAUCACCGCUGAUGCUGAGGAUCUGGAGUGUUUCUUGGUGAACGAAGUCACGGGAGACCUGGCUCUGAGACGAUCACUUCUGUAUGACCCCUGCAGGGCCCAAGUCUUCAAUAUGAGGGUAACAGCUAGAGAUUUAGGAACCCCUCAGUUGUCUAGCAUCCCUAUUGAGGUGUCCAUUUUUGUGGUGAGGAACAACAAUCCUCCAGUGUUUUUGAAUCUGCCCUACACAACACAAAUAGAGGAGACCUCUAACAUUGGACGCUUAGUAUACAGAGUAACCACUACAGACGCUGAUGUCCAGGUGCCCUUUAAUGUGGUUAAAUAUCAAAUCAUUGGAGAUGACUCGGCCAGCACUUUCUUCAAUAUUGAUGCAAACUUUGGAAAUGUGACCUUGAAAUCCAGUGUGAACUUUGACACCACAUCAAAUUACAAGAUCCGAGUGCUUGCCUAUGAUGGAGGAUUACCCUCUCUCUCAGCCACAGCCACCAUUGAUGUUCUUGUACAGAGAAACCUCUUCUCUCCUGUGUUCUCUCCCCUGAGUUAUGAAGUCACGAUAAACGAGAAUGCUGCCCUUGGUGUUCCUUUUAUCUAUGUGAACGCCACUGAUGCUGAUGCAAGGAGUCCCCAUAAUGUGGUUAGAUAUUCCGCCACUGGAAGCAUUGCAGCCCUGGAGUUCUUCCAGAUCAACUCUAUUGAUGGAGGCGUCUCUGUUAAGAAGGCCCUCACAACCAUCUCAAACAGGAACAUUAACCAGUACACUAUGACAGUACAAGCCACUGACCAGGGAGUCCCUAACCGAGUCAGCUCCCAGCAGGCCACUGUCCGUAUCAACAUCCUGAGGAACUUGAAUUGUCCAGUGUUUAACAACCUUCCAUCCAACAUUACCAUCAGUCAGAGCACUGGUAUAGGGAGCAGGAUCUACAAUGUGUCGGCUAAUGACCUCGACACUGAUCCCUCUUUCAGAGCCAUUACUUAUGACCUCAUUGGAGAUGACAAUGCCCCAGUCUACUUCAGAAUUGAUCCCAAUCAGGGUUUCGUGACACUCCAGACUGGUCUGUUCUCAGACUCUGGUGUUCAGUACAAACUGAGAGUACGAGCACGAGAUGGUGGCUCCCCACCCUGUGAGACCUACAAUGUACUGACCGUGUCUGUCCGUAGGAAUGAGUUCGCACCACAGUGGAUACCAUCAGCCGUGUACACCACCACCAUCCUGGAGACCCACAACAUACUGCAGCCUGUCUACACAGUGACAGCCGUGGAUCAAGACACCUCGUCCCCUAACAACAUUAUAAGAUAUCAGAUUGUGGCUCAGACUCUAAACAGCGAUUUGUUUACCGUCAACGAUCAAACUGGUCAGGUUUAUCUACGAACAAAUGUCCUCGGCAACAACGUAAACCAGUAUAAUGUGAGUCUCUUGGCCCGAGAUCAAGGUUUCCCAUCACUGAGCAGUGUUCAGGCUCUGCUGAUUGUGAACAUCCUCCGUAACCAGAAUCCACCAAUAUUCAUCAACGAGCCGUACAGCACGACAAUCAGUCAGAACCAGGGGACCUUCCAAUCCAUCAUCACGGUCACUGCCACUGACGCGGACACAACAAAUCCAUUUAAUCAGUUGGAAUACAGUAUUAUUGGUGAUGAUGCGGCUCCAACUUAUUUCACCAUUAACAAUGCUGGUGUGAUCAAUCUAAGGCAGUCCAUUCCAUCCAUCAACACUGAUGUGUAUAAUAUCCGUGUCCUUGUCCAAGAUGGCGGUAAUCCUCGCCUCUCUGAUGUUACUACAGUCACAGUGUAUGUGAACCGUAACUUGUUUGCUCCCUCUUUCGCCCCAACUCAGUAUUCUCGGACCAUCCUUGACACUCAGGCAGUGGGUGUCCCCAUUGUCAAGGUCACUGCUCUGGAUGCUGACACAACUUCUCCCCAUAAUGUUGUGAGGUAUUACUUGGGAGCAGAGGACACCACUACUACCUACUUCUUGGUCGACUCCAUCACUGGAGAUGUUAUGCUCCGUCGUUCUGUGUACAACAUCACACUGGGAAAUCAAAAUCUUAACUCCUUCAGUUUCAAGGUGUAUGCCAAUGACCUUGGAACUCCCAGGAGGAACUCCUCUAAUGCUGCGGAUGUGUUUAUUAACGUCAUCAGAAACAACUUCCCACCCCAGUUUAUCAACACUCCUUACUCCACCAACAUAGCGGAGACUGUCAGCGGAGGUGCCUCCAUUUUCCAGACCUCAGCCAUUGACCAAGAUACAAAUGCGCCAUUUAACACCAUCACUUACUCUCUGAUUGGAGAUGACAGUACCCCCACCUUUUUCACCGUGGAGCCAAACACUGGUUUGAUCCGACUGAAGACGAACUUGGACCUGACCACUGACCGUGUGUCUACCUAUGUAGCCAGAGUUGUGGCCAGUGAUGGAGGAUUCCCUUCACGCAGUGCUACAGCCACUGUCCUGAUCAAUGUCCUGAGAAAUCUCUUCUCCCCCGUGUUCUCCAAUGUUAACUUUAUCCAGGUCUCCAUUCUGGAAACUGUUCCUGUUGGAACCUUCAUCACAGACCUUAAUGCUACUGAUGCAGACAACUCGAGUCCAGAGAAUGUUGUGAGAUGUAGAAUUGUGGGAGAUGGCACUGCACCCAGUCUCUUCUUCAUCAACUUUGAAACCUGUGUCAUCACACUUUCUGCCUCAGUUCAAAAUACUGGAGUGAAUUUCUACAGGAUCCGUGUUGAAGCUUAUGAUCAGGGAACUCCCCAGAGAAGCACAUUUACUUACGUGGAGGUCAAUGUGAUCAGAUCCCAGGGCACCCUGGCAUUUACUCUGCCCUCAUAUGCUACUGUCAUCAGCGAGAAUCUGGACGUCAACCGCAAUGUCAUCACCACCUUAGCACAACCAGGGACACCAACAUACAGUGUACUUGGCGUAAACCCUGCACCAACCUACUUCUCAAUUAACCAGAAUACUGGUGCCAUUUCAGUGAUCCGAGAUCUCAAGACAGACCCAGCAAGACUGCAGUUCUACCAGCUUGCUAUCCGAGCUGUGUCCCAGGACAGACUCUCUACAGCUGAGGCCACUGUCAACAUCACAGUCAACAGGAAUGAGAAUGGACCUGUGUUUACCUCCAGUAUUUAUGAACAAACUAUUGUGGACACAACUCCAAUUGGAAAUUCAGUGCUACAAGUAACAGCAAGUGAUCUGGAUCAGGAUGUUUUGGAGUACAGAAUCACCACUGUGUCAAAUGUCACCGAUUUCUUCUACCUGAACCCAAGGACCGGAGUUAUCUCCCUGAAGACGUACCUGCUGUCCACCCUACAGAAUCAAUACACUUUUACUGUGCUGGCCACAGAUCAACGUAUCCCAGAGAGGACAGCCACAGCAGAAGUAAGGAUCAACAUUCUACGAGACAGGUUCCCUCCCAUCUUCGUGAAUGAGCCGUACGGAACAUCAGUUUCAGAGAAUACUGUGAAUGGUACAUCAGUAUACAGGGUCACAGCCACUGAUCAAGAUCUCAGGGGACAGAUAUAUUAUGAAGUGAUAGGCUUCAGUGUUGCUCCAGCAUUCUUCAGAGUUGGACUCCUGACUGGUAUUGUCACUGUGUACGAUGCAGUCGGAUUGAAAGUAGAUCCUGGACUUCAGUAUACACUACGUGUAAUUGCCUAUGACUCCGUCUACCCAUCAAACCGUGACACAUCAGAUGUCCUGAUUAGUGUCACUAGAAACGAGAGAGCUCCAAUUUUCUCCCUGCCUUCCUACACUCAGACCAUCCCAGACACAUUCUCACUGGGUCAGAUGAUCUUAGAUGUCACAGCCACAGAUGCUGAUGGUGACAUUGUCAAGUAUGAAAUUACUGGUGGUACAAGAGCUCUGGAGUUCUACUACAUCAACCCAGAUACUGGAUCCAUUUCUCUAAAGAAACCCCUGACAGAGGGAUCCCAAAAUCAAGACACGCUUAACCUGAGAGCUAGAGAUCAGAGAAACCCAGAGAGAUUUGGAAAUGCUAUUGCCAUUAUCAACAUUCAGAGAGAUCAGUUUCCUCCAGUUUUCUUUAAUCAGCCAUACAUCACUACAGUACAGAGGAACAUUGGUGUGAAUGCCUCUGUUCUACAGACUACUGCUACAGACAGCGACUUAAGGGGAGCUAUAAGGUAUGAAGUAACUGGUAAUUACCCUGCCCCAACCUUCUUUGAUGUCAAUCCCACGACUGGUAUGAUUUUCCUGACGAGAUCAGUGGCUCUGGAUGGACUGCUAUCAAACACAUACUUUGUCAAACUGAUUGCGUAUGACACGGUGUAUCCUAACAUCCAAGCCACAGCGACGGCCACCAUUAACGUCAACAGAAACCCCAAUCCACCCAUCUUUAAUCCUAGUACUUACAGGGUCACUAUAUCUGAGAGUCAUGCCCUGGGAAGUGCUGUUGUUGAUGUCAACGCAACUGAUGCUGAUCUUGAUGUCCUUGCCUAUUCUAUUGUUGGUAAUGCAGAUGAUUUCAGCUAUUUCUACAUUAACCCAGAAUCUGGUCUUAUAUCCCUGAAGCGCACACUGACGGAGGCUGUAGGAAAUCAAUUUGAUUUCAACACCAUUGCUCGCGAUCAGAGUAACCCUGAGAGAACAGCCACAGCUUUUGUUGUUAUUGACAUUCUGAGAGACAACUCCCCACCCAUCUUUGUCAGAGAGCCAUACGUGGUGACUAAUUUACCAGAGACGAGGGCCGUGGGUAGCUCCAUCUAUACCGUCACUGCUACAGAUAACGACCUGAAGGGAGAGAUUGUGUACAGUGUUAUUGGAGACCUGCAGACUCCAUUCUACUUUGAUGUGAACUCCAGAACUGGUAUUGUCACCAUCAAGAACAGCCUGGUUCAGGAUAACGCCCAGUCCUACGUUUUGAGAGUAACAGCAUAUGACAGUCUAUCUCCAUCCCGAGUGGCCACUUCCACUGUUGCUAUCAAUGUGAUUAAGAACCCCAGUGGCCCAGUGUUCACUCUGCCAGCUUACGAGGUCACCAUCCCAGAAACUUACUCCCUGGGUACCACAGUCGUCAAUGUGACAGCCAUUGAUAGCGAUGGGGAUGCUGUGAGAUAUUCUUUGCUGGAUAACUUAAAUGGCAACAACCCACUGGAAUACUUCUUUAUCAUUUCUGACACUGGAUUAAUUUAUCUGUCUCAACCGUUGACAAACAAUCCAAAUCAGAUCGAUAGGUACCAGAUGACUGCUGUUGCCACAGACCAGAGAACUAACCCUAGGACAGCCACUGCUCGGGUGACAGUCAAUGUGCUGAGAAAUCGCUUCAGGCCCGUGUUUACUAACACACCCUAUGGAUUCAGUCACUCAGAAAAUAACGUGGUGGGCACCAGUCUGUACAGAGUGACCGCUGUGGACAAUGACUUGGUUGGCAGGAUAAAUUACGAUGUCAUUGGGGAUGGCAUUGCUCCUUACUACUACAAUGUGAAUUCUCAGACUGGAGAGGUCACUGUCAGAAACGCUCUUACCACUGAUAAACUCAAUGUCAACUACAUCCUGAGAGUGCGAGCCUAUGAUACGGCCUACCCAUCUGAGACGGCCACAGCUACCAUUAACAUUGGAGUGUCAAGGAACGAGAAUGCUCCAGUCUUCACUCAGAACACUUACCGAGUCACCAUUAAUGAGACUGUGGGAGUCGGCACUUGUAUCUUGGAUGUUAAUGCUGUGGAUGCUGAUGGGGACCGAGUGGUCUACAGCUCAAGUGGAGAGAACUCUACCUUAUUUUACUUCUUCAUCUCAGUUGACACUGGUCUUAUUUGUGUACGUCAGCCUCUGUUUGGACCAACACAAACAGAAUACAGGAUGAGAUUGGUUGCUAGUGACCAGUCCACCCCAGAAAGGUUUGGCCUGGCUGAUGCAUUCAUCACAAUUGUCAGGGAUCAGGGACCCCCCUUCUUCAUUAACCAGCCAUAUCAGACUACUAUCAACGAACUGGAUGCCGUGGGUCGUCAGACUUUUGUAGUGACAGCAAGGGACAAUGACUUGAUUGGUUCUAUCAGGUAUGAAAUGAUUGGAGACUAUCCCACCCAAAGCUUUUUCCGCAUUGAUCCAUUCACUGGAAAUAUUACCAACUCUGUCAGCCUGAGGAGUGACAACUUGAGAUCCCAACAAUAUGUGGCUCGCAUCAUUGCAUAUGACACAGCCAGACCAACUGCUAGUGCGGUGGCCACUGUGAACAUCUUUGUCAUCCGUAACCCUAACUCCCCCCAGUUCCUGUUACCUUCCUACUCUACAACAAUCAACGAGAACCAGGCCAUUGGACAGUUUAUCCUGAAUGUGACAGCAGUAGAUGCUGAUGUCCAGGACACCAUCUCCUACUCCAUCAUAGGCCAGCAGUCUUCUCCAAUCAGUACAAACAAACUGUACUUCUUCAUUGAUCAGACCAGUGGUAAUAUCUGGCUCAGAGAAACCCUCCUCUCCACAUCAUUUACUCGAUUUGUGCUCCAGCUGCGCGCCUGUGAUAAUGGCUUCCCCCAGAGGUGUGCCAACAACACCGCCUUCAUUACCGUCAACAGAAAUCAGUUCCCGCCGGUCUUCAUCAACUCCCCCUACUUCCAGAGGAUUGAGGAGGACAGAGCUGUGGGCAGUAGUGUGCUGACCGUCUCGGCCACAGAUCAGGAUCUGAUCGGGGCUAUCGUGUAUGAAGUAGUCUUACCAGGAUCUCCGUAUUUCUUGGUGAAUCCCCAAUCUGGUUUGGUGACCUUAGCAUCAUCAGUAAAAUUGGACACAAGUGUGCAAUAUAGGUUCCAAGUGGCAGCCUAUGAUAACCAGGACCCGAGCCGUAGAACCACUAGUCAGGUGACUGUAGAGAUCACCAGGAACCCCAGUGGUCCUAACUUCCUCAGCGCCCAGUAUGAGACCACUAUUGCUGAAACCUACCCACUGGGAGAAGGGGUCAUAAAUGCAACUGCUGUGGACCAAGAUGGGGAUCGCUUGAGAUACUCCAUUCUAACAGAUGAUAUUUCUAAACAAUACUUCUACAUCAAUCCAGACACAGGAGUUAUCUCUCUUAGGAGGGUACUGACUGACAACAACAUUGCCAGGUUUACUAUGAGACUUCAAGCCUCUGACCAGCGUGUGCCUGAGAGAAUAGCCACCAUCCAGGCUUUUGUGAAUGUUCGACGAGACAACCAACCCCCCUUCUUUGUUAACACUCCCUAUGUUAGAUCAAUCCGUGAGAAUCAGAUCGUCAAUACCACCCUCCUUACUGUCACAGCUACAGAUACUGAUCUAGUGGGUUCAAUUAGAUAUGAAUCUAUUGGCAUCUUCCCAGCUCAGACCUUCUUUGAAGUUAACACUGUCUCAGGAGCUAUCAAUAUUAUUCGUUCUGUUCGGGACGACGUCAUUCUGAGAUCUUCAUACACUUUACGUCUCAUUGCCUAUGACACAGCUUACCCGACAAAUCGCGCCACUUCUGAUGUGAUCAUCACCAUCAUACGAGAUGAGUUUGGCCCAGUCUUUACACCCUCGGCAACCUAUGAAAUAACUAUCCCGGAGACGACCAGUAUCGGUAGUCAGGUGAUCACCGUUCUGGCGGUGGAUCAGGACGCUAACGAUGUCAUCACGUAUCAGCUGGUGAACUCCACGUCUAACGGGACAGAGUACUUCUACCUGGAUAGGGAUAAUGGAGCUAUAACCCUCAGGAGGAGUCUGCAGGGAACAUUCAUCAAUGCUUACACACUGACAGUCCGUGCUACAGACAACAGAAUUCGUUCUGCCUUGGCAACUGUUCGUAUCUUCAUAACCAGACAAGUCAACCAACCCCCAGUCUUUGUCAACACACCAUAUGAAACAUCAAUGGAAUACAACCGUGCAAUCAACUCCUCAGUCUACACAGUGACUGCUGUUGAUGCAGAUUUACAGGGCGCCAUUCGAUAUGAAGUGAUAGGGUACUUCCCAGCCACUGAAUACUUCAGUUUGAAUGUGAUCACUGGACGCAUCACUUUGAUAAGAACUGUGGCUAAUGACCAGUAUUCCUCUCUUCUCUAUGUGAUGCGUAUUGCUGCAUAUGACACCUUAGACCCAACCCGUAGAACUGAGGCCAAUGUUCUGAUCAACAUUAUUCGUAACCCAAGUGCUCCAAUCUUCAGCGAACAGUCGUACUUCAUUACUGUGGAGGAGUCGGUCAAUCUGGGAACCAACAUCAGGACAAUUACAGCCACCGAUGCUGAUCUGGACACCGUCUCUUACGAAAUCAUUAACCAGAACACGGCAGGCAGUAACUACGCCCGGGAAUAUGUCUUCCUGUCCUCCUUCUCCGGAGAUAUCAUUGUCAAGAAAUCUUUUGUGGGAAUUGGAACCAGUCAGUUUACAUUCACAGCCAGAGCUAGAGAUCACAAAUAUCCCGAGAGGUUCGGUACGGCUUCCGUCACUAUCUCUAUCGUGAGAGAUCAGUUCCGCCCACAGUGUCAGAAUUCUAAUGCUGUCACCUCCAUAACAGAGACCAGAGGUGUCAACGAGACUUUCCCAUUCUACACUGUUGGUGUCACUGAUGGAGAUCUGAAGGGACGCAUAAUUUACCGAGUAAUUGGUGAUGGUGCUGCUUUGGCCUACUUUGGAAAUAUUGACUCAAAUGGUGGAUUGUACGUAACCAGAAACCUGAAAUUGGACAGUCUUACUCAGUACACAGUUCGUGUUGAGGCCUAUGACUCAGCCUAUCCUAACAACCCCACAGUGUGUACAGUCUCCAUCAAUGUCAUUCGUAACCCUAGCUCACCCAUCUUCAUCGGAAAUUAUGAAACAACCAUCAAUGAGAACUAUCCAGUUGGUGAUGUUAUUUUGACAGUAACAGCUAGAGAUGCUGAUCUGGACACUGUGACCUACAGAAUUGUUGCACAGGACUCCAAUAAUUACUUCUACAUUGCUCCAGAGUCUGGUGGAAUUUAUCUCCGCAGAAGUAUUGUUCUGUCCAACACUAUCAACAACAGAUAUGUGAUGACAGUUCAGGCGUCAGACAACCGUCUCCAGCCCAGACUGACCAAUGCCACUGUUAUUAUCAAUGUUGUAAGGGGCCAGCCACCAUUCUUCAUCAAUACACCGUACUCCACCUCUGUCAAUGAGAGAGUUGCCAUUGGAACUUCAGUUUACAGAGUCACCGCUCAGGACAAUGAUCUCAUUGGAAACAUUCAGUACAACCUGAUUGGAGAUAUUCCAGGCUCCAGCUACUUCCGAGUCAAUAGCACAACAGGAACUGUGUUUGUUGCUGUCAAUCUCCGACAGGAUAGUACUCAAUUCUACCAGUUGAGAGUGACUGCAUUUGACACUGCUGUCCAGUCACAAAUAGCAGAGGCUCUAGUCAGUAUCAACAUGAUCAGGAAUGAGAAUCCACCCAUCUUUAUCAAUGAGCCUUACACGACCACUGUCCCAGAAAGUCUGGGCCUGGGAUCUAGUGUGUACAAAAUAUCAGCCACAGACGCAGAUAAUGAUGUGUUGAGGUACAGCAUUGUGGGUGUGACAUUUGCCAACCAGCAGAUCUUCAAUAACACUCUCCUGGACUACUUUUACAUCAACCCUGACUCUGGAGUAAUCUUCCUAACCAAGUCACUGACUAGCUUUGGAUUCGCCACUCUUAACCAGCUACAGAUUACUGUGAGAGUAACUGACCAGAGAGUGACCCAGGAGAGAAUUGAUACGUCCACCGUUGUGGUCAAUAUCCAGAGAGACCAGUUCCCACCCGUCUUCCAGAACACACCUUACAGUAUCUCCAUCACGGAUGGCCAGGCUAUCAAUUCCACCAUCUACACUGUGACAGCAGUGGAUGCCGACCUAAGGGGAAGAAUAGUUUAUGAAACUGUUGGUGUGUACCCAGCGCAAACCUUCUUUGCUGUUGGUAAUGUAGAUGGACGUGUCCGAGUCAUAGAUAACUUGAUGAAUGACGGAUUCUACAGGUCCUCAUACACUUUGAGAGUGAUUGCUUAUGACAAUGCCUCUCCAGCCUUGCGAGCCACAGCUGAUGUCCUGAUAUCUGUGGCAAGAAAUGUCAAUCCACCACUGUUUGAUCAGCAAAAUUACCAGCAAACCAUCCCAGAAACGUUUGCCUUUGGUAGAGGAGUACUCAGUGUCAGAGCAACAGACAGGGACAAUGAUGCUAUCACCUACUCCAUCAUUGGAGACACCCAGAAUGGAAUUUCUCUGUCUUACUUCUUUAUUGAGCCAGCCAAUGGAACCAUCUAUCUGAGACAGUCUUUGGAGACUACAAGCAUCAACCAGUUCACCUUCACUGUUCAAGCCACUGACAAUGGCCGACCUAGCCGCUCUACCACAUCACAGGUGACUGUCUUUGUGACCAGGAACCAGUUCGCCCCCGUCUUUAUCCAGACCCCAUACGUGACCAGUGUCCAGGAGAACAGUAACAACAACUCUCUGAUCUACACUGUAACAGCGGUAGAUCAGGACUUACAAGGCAGGAUCGUGUACCAGGUCACUGGAACUCUCUCUGCUCCCAGCUUCUUCAGGGUGGAUCAGGAUGGACGUGUCUACACCAAAGGAAAUCUCAGGACUGAUGUCUCACUCACCUAUGUGCUCCGGGUGCUGGCUUAUGACAGUGCUGUCCCAUCUCAGACCACCACAGCUGAUGUCACAAUCAAUGUCCUCAGAAACAUCAACCCACCAAUCUUCUCUCAGGACACCUACUCUACUCGUGUCAGUGAGGCCACCAGCAUUGGCUCCAGACUCAUAGACACUGUGGCUACUGAUGCAGAUAAUGAUCGCUUGACCUACACCUUGACAAACACAGAACAGAGAUGUAUUGAUACGUUCUUCAUUGACACUGCCAAUGGUGAUAUUUUCCUGAAGAAAUCUUUACUGGAAACUUCAGAUGUUACAUUCACAUGUACUGUACGAGUGACAGACAAUGGCUUCCCCAACCCACAGACAGACACAUCCAUAGCUAUCAUUACUGUAGAUAGAGACCUGAAUGUUCCCGUGUUUACAAGCAAUGCUCGAUAUGCCGUGACAAUUGAUGAGACGACCAACAUCGGAGCUUCCAUCCUUAAUGUGCAGGCCUCCAGAUUAAACUUAGCGGGCCGUAUUUACUAUGAAUCAGUUGGAGAUUAUCCAGCCCAAAGUUUCUUUAGAGUACAGAACACCAGUGGUGCCAUUAAUGUGGUUCAGGAUCUUCGACAGGACAACUUGCGUCUCAAUUCCUAUGUACUACGAGUUAUUGCCUAUGACACUGGUGUUUCUCGAUUGAGAGCCACAGCUGAGUGUUUCAUUACUGUAAGAAGAAACCUGAAUGGCCCUGUCUUCAAUCCCGCCACAUAUGAAGUGACCAUCCGAGAGGACUUGGCUGUCAACACAUACAUCCAGAAACUGAAUGUCUCAGAUCCAGAUGGAAACCGAGUGACCUGCUCAAUGUCUGGAGACCAGAAAGCUUUGAGCUACUUCAGUAUUGAUUCUCAGACCUGCUUUGUUAGAGUAAACCGACUUCUGACUGAGGACACCACCAGGGAUAUCAGAUAUACUGUGACAGUGACAGCUACUGACAAUGUCAGCCCUAACCCUCAGUUUGCCACCGCCACUGUCUUUGUCAACGUUCUCCGUGACCGCUUCGCUCCUCAGUUCACCAACCUUCCCACCGUGAUCUCAGUCCAGGAGUCAGCUGGCAUUAACACCACGGUGUUCACUGCUACUGCUACGGACCAGGACCUGAAGGGAUUCAUUGUGUAUGAAAUGAUUGGCAUGUUCCCAGCCCAGAGCUUCUUUGACAUCAAUCCCACCACAGGACGAGUGUUCCUCAGGAAUGGACUAUUGUCUGACAGUCUGCAGACCUCGUCAUAUGUGGCCCGGUUCAGAGCGUAUGAUUCUGUAUACCCCAAUAACAGAGCUCAGGCCGACCUGACCAUUUCCGUGACCAGGAACCAGAAUGGACCUAUCUUCAGCCAAGCCAGAUACGAGAUUACCAUCUCAGAGACAUUCCCUCUUGGCAAUGAAGUGCUAGUUGUAACAGCUACCGAUUCUGAUGGGGAUAAAGUCAUUUUCUCACACCUUGGAUCCACAAAUGACCAGAGCUACUUCUAUCUGAAUCCAGAAACUGGAAGAAUUACUCUGAGAAAGUUAUUAACUGGAAUCAGCCAAAACCAGUUCACAUUUGGAGUGAGGGCCACAGAUAACAGACCUUCCACUGUCGCCCGUACUGCGGAGGCCACUGUUGUCAUCAGUAUCAUCAGAGACUCUGGACCUCCACAGUUUAUCAGCACGCCAUACAUCACCUCAGUAGCUAUCAACAAGGCUGUCAACACCUCCUUCUUCAAUGUUCAGGCCAUUGAUAAUGAUCUUAGAGGAGUGAUUCGCUAUAGACUGGAUGGCUACAGCCCAGGCACACAGUACUUCUUCCUGGAUCAAUCCACGGGGGCCAUCUUUGUUAGACAACCCCUGACUCAGAUCUCCGGCUUGAAUAUCUUCACCACAUUCACUCUAUUGGUCACUGCCUUUGACACUGGUGUACCUGAAAUCACAACUUCCACCAUCGUAACCAUCACCAUUACACGUAACCUGAAUGCUCCAGUCUUCUCUGCCAAUCGAUAUGAGGAAACUAUCUACGAUUACGUGGGAUUGGGAAGUAAUGUAUUACAGAUCACCGCUACAGAUUCCGAUGUGACAAGUCCUGAGAAUUCAGUCAUCUAUGACCUUCAGGAUAACUCUGGGUACUUCACCAUCCAUCCAUUCAAUGGAAUGAUUACUGUAGAUAGAAGACUCACAGAGGACAACUCAAGGAGAACAGUCUAUGUGUUUGGUGCCACUGCUAGAGAUCAGGGAAGUCCAAGCCGAACAGGAACUGCCACUGUCACCAUCAACGUAAUCCGCAACACAGGACAACCUACAUUUGUUACCUCCAUUAAUUACGACGUCACGGUCAGUGAGAGUACAUCUGUACUAACCACCCUGCUACAAGUGAGAGCUGUGGACAGUGAUGAUGCCAGCACACCGAAUGGACAGAUCCGUUACAGUAUUGUCAGUCCCGCCCUGGCUCUAUCAUACUUCACUAUCAAUCCCAUCUCUGGUAACAUCACAUCCAGACUAUCUCUUGUCAACGUACCAGAUGAUAUCUACAGAUUCACAGUGCAGGCCACAGACUUGGGUAUCCCAGCUCUGUCCAGUCAGAUUUCUGUUACAAUCCGAAUCCAGAGGGAAAAUCCGCCUUCCUUUGACCAGGAAGAGUACACUGUAACCUUUAACGAGGAUUACGCUGUCGGUAACAACAUCCUUCAGCUCCAGGCUACAGAUCCAUUGAACACACAGCUGCAGUACGAUAUCACUGGAGAGUCCAACUCUCUGAUCAUGUUCAGGAUCAAUUCCCAGACAGGACAGAUAACUCUGGCACAGUCCUUCCGAUCAGAUCCAGCCAACUCCUUCUUGAUCCGCGUGGAAGCUUUCAGGACGAGCGAUCCUACCAAGAGGGCAUCCACUAAAGUGAGGGUGUUUGUAACGAGGAAUACAGGGGCACCUGCUUUCAUUCACGGAAACCUGGAGAUAACUAUUCUGGAAGAUCAGGCUUUAGCCCAGGGAAUUGCUGACUUGAAUGCCACAGAUCCAGAUUCUGGUGAAAAUGGUCGUAUCACAUAUGUAUUGAGAGGAGCUGAUUCUGUGCCUUCCUACUCGGAUGUGUACUUUUAUGUUAAUCCAACAAGUGGUGUGUUGUACGUCACAAAACGACUGUCAGAGGACACCCAGCGGCCAUCCAGAUAUGUUCUCUCCGUAACAGCUUUUGACAACGGAAUCCCACAACUCAGUGGAAGAGUCAGUGUCACUGUUAAUGUCAUACGCAAUCGCAACGGACCAGUUUUCACUGGAAAUGCAUAUGAGACCACCAUUGAUGAAUCCACUUCCGUUGGUACCAGUAUUUUACAAGUCCAAGCCACAGAUGCUGAUGGAGACCAGGUACGGUACAGCAUUAUCAGUGGACUUCCGGGAUCUCUGUACUUCAGGAUUGACGAAGUCUCAGGUGUGAUUGGAAUAUCAUCAGCUCUAACACAGACAGGACAGGAACAGUUUGUGAUGACAGUACAAGCCAGGGAUGUUCCCAGUCAGAUUGCCUCCUCCAGAUUUGCCACAAUCCAGGUUACCAUCAAUGUCCGCCGUAACCCUAACGCUCCCGUCUUCCUACAGAGUCUGUACAACCUGACUAUUUCUGAGUACAUCAGCGUACAGGACCUGAUAGUCACAGUCUCUGCCACGGACGCCGACUCCGCCCUCACCGACAGUGGAAGAAUUCGCUACAGAAUCAUCCAGUCCAGCUACACCCCACCCAACCAGUUUGCUCAGUUUGUUAUAAGCGAGUCCUCUGGUGGAAUUUAUCUGAGCCAGCCACUGACCAGAGAUGGUGUUCCCAACUCUUUCCAGUUGAUCGUCCAGGCCAGGGAUUCAGCGGCCAAUCCAAAAUCUGCCACGGCUACUGUUUCUAUUUUUGUUGUCAGAAAUAUCUUUACACCAACAUUCAGCCCCAACAACUACACUACUCAGAUCUACGAUGCCUCGGCCAUUGGUACUUCACUGUUUACAGUGACAGCAACAGAUGCUGAUAGAACUAACAGCUACAACAGAGAUACCCCUAAUGCUGAGUUUGACUAUGUAAUGGAUGCAGACUUUGCCUAUGAGAACCAAUUCUUUGAUGUCACCAAGGAUGGUAAAGUUUACGUAAGAAAAUCUUUGAUCAAUGGAGAUGGCCGCACUGUGUUCCACUUCCGUGUGGUGGCCUAUGACCGCAGCUGGCAACCAAAGGCAGGAAAGACAGACUGUUAUGUAUCUGUGAUCUAUUCCUCCCUGAGACCUAGAGGAGUGGGAUUCACGCUGGGGCUGUACAAUUCGACCGUGUUUGAGAACACCCCAUUGCAGACUAACCUACUGACAGCACAGGUGGAGAACCAUGACCCAGACACCAACCUUGUCUGCUAUAUUUACUCUGUGUCACCAUCAACAUCAUUAAGUUUGUUUGAUAUAUCUGUGGUUGGCAAUGCCUGCCAGCUGAGAGUGAGUGGUACCAUUGAUAGAGAAGCCAGUGGACAGUACAUUAUUGUCAUAGGAGUCAGGGAAGAGGCCAGAAGGACAAAACGUCAGGCAGCAAAUCAACAAACACCAUAUGUGUACAACACCUUCCAGAAUGCGACAGUGAUCUUAACAGUCUUAGACAGAAAUGAUAAUGAUCCACAGUUCCUUUACCCAGUUUAUCCACCCCAACUCACCAACAGAAAUUUCUACGUUGGAGCAGUCUCAAUCAAUGCCCCAGCUGGAAGCAGUGUUCUGUCUAUUCAUGCUAGAGAUAUUGAUGCUGGUCUUAAUGGACAAGUUGUGUAUGAAAUUUUGGACAAUACUGUACCAUUUGGCAUCAAUGCUUCUACUGGUGUCAUUUUCUCAUUCCGGGAAUUUUUCCGUACAACUAACGCAGACCUCAAUCCAUACACCUUCAACAUCCGAGCCUCAGACAGGGCUAGUUCUCUGGAGCAACGGGCCACAGAUACCACAGUCUAUAUUGACCUGAUUGAGGACAAGAACAGAUUUGUGAUGGAAUUGAAUGUGCCACCAAGAGAUGCUGUGAGAGACAUUGAAACCACAAGACGAGAAAUCCAGAACGCCACACAGAAGAUCGUCAUUAUCGAGUCGAUUCAGGCCAGGCGUAUUCUACAGAAUGGGCAGCUUAGCUAUGAUGAAAGAUACUCUGAUGUCAUAUUUGUGGUUGCUGAUCCAAACAUUGGAUAUAAUUUAGUGGAAAAUACUCAGUUGAAUUUGGUUGGAGCCUCAACAUCUAGUGGAACUCUUGGACAGAUUAACUCAGCACUUAGCCGUACAGUAGAACUUGUCAGAGCUCCGUUCAGCAUUGGUAACAUUCAGAGUGUGGCCUCCGGCCUACAGGAUCGUGGUAACAUCGUACGUGUGAUGACUAAAUCCUACACCUGGUGGCAGGAUGAUCCAUGGGUGGCUUUCGUUGCUCUGUCCGCCAUUGUUAUCCUGCUGGCUCUUGUUGGACUCAUCAUCCUCUUUUACUCCUGGUCAAGGUACAACAACUAUUUGGCUAGCUAUAGAGUAUACAGGAGAAAUUACGAACAUCAACCAGACUUCACUAAUCCUCCAAGCUUCUUAAAAGAAUAUGAAACACAGAGUUUGAACAUGUAUGUCCCUCCUGAUGAGACCGGACUUCAGGACCUAGGAGAAAUUAACAUGAGUUUUGAUCGUGAUGCUUCCACUCGUAGUCAAGGGGCCAGGGUGGUCGCCCGCAAAAAUCCAGUGUACGACAACAGAGAGCAAAUUAGACUUGUCACUGGUUUUCAAGACACAAGAACCAAUUUAUAACCAAAGACAGACAACUAUUUACCCAAAAUAUUAUUAGUUAUAAUCUCAAAGUGCUAUCCAAUCAAAUGACUUUAUAUAGUUUACAUUUUUAUUAACAAUUUUUUUCUGUAUACUCUAAUCUUUACAAAGUUUUGAUACUUUUGUAAUAAAGCCUUAUAAAAUGAAAAA